CUCUUUCUCUUCUCUUCCCACCCUAUCUUCUUCUUCUCUCUUCCUCCCUCCAUUUCUCUCCUCUUCUCCUGCAACUUCAGCAGGAAGAAGAAGAAGAAGAACACACCCAUUUUCACCCAUUAACCCAAAGCUUCAAUCUUUAUCAACAAUGGCUUCUGCUUCAAUUGUUGGGGUUUCUUCAGUACUUUACCAAACCCCUUCUUCUGUUCAAACCACCACUAAGUUUUGUAUUUCUCCUGCACUUUCUCUCCCGUUUUCCGCUUCGAAACCGAGGAAUUUGAGGUGGGUGUCUGCUGCAAUUGCUACUCCUAACUCCGUGUUGAGUGAGGAGGCUUUUAAAGGAAUUGCUGGGGAUUUUUCUAAGGGUUCUUUUGAAGAGGAGUUUGAUGAAGGGAGUGAAUUAGAGUUUGAGAGUGAAGGUGAGAGUGAAAUUGAAGGUUCUGAAAUUAGUGCGGAUGAACUUGAUGUUUCGAAAUUGGGGCUUCCUCAAAGACUUGUUGAUUCUCUUGCCAAACGAGGCAUUACCCAACUCUUCCCAAUUCAGCGAGCUGUGCUGAUUCCUGCUCUGGAAGGCAAAGAUAUCAUCGCUCGAGCAAAGACUGGGACAGGAAAGACUUUGGCUUUUGGUAUUCCAAUACUCAAACGGAUUACUGAAGAGGAUGACGAAAGAGGUUCUCAAAGGCGUGGACGACUUCCAAGAGUUUUAGUUCUAGCUCCAACCAGAGAGUUGGCAAGGCAAGUUGAGAAGGAAAUGAAAGAAUCUGCACCUUACUUGAACACUGUUUGUGUUUAUGGAGGUGUGUCUUAUAGUGCACAGCAGAAUUCUCUUUCCCGUGGAGUUGAUGUGGUGGUGGGAACUCCGGGUAGAAUUAUUGACUUGGUCUCCAGUAACAGCCUCAGACUGGGGGAAGUUGAAUUUUUGGUUCUUGAUGAAGCUGACCAAAUGCUCGCUGUUGGGUUUGAGGAAGAUGUGGAGGUUAUAUUGGAAAAACUUCCAGCUCAAAGGCAAAGCAUGCUUUUCUCGGCAACUAUGCCUACCUGGGUGAAAAAAUUGUCCAGGAAAUAUUUGAACAGUCCUCUGACAAUUGAUUUGGUUGGUGAGCAGGAUGAGAAGUUAGCUGAAGGGAUUAAAAUGUAUGCAAUUUCAACUACUGCAACUUCGAAGCGUACUAUCCUUAGCGAUGUUAUCAUGGUGUAUGCAAAGGGUGGUAAGACCAUUGUGUUCACACAGACCAAACGAGAUGCUGAUGAAGUAUCUUUGGCACUGUCAAGUAUUAUUUCUUCAGAAGCAUUGCAUGGAGAUAUAUCUCAGCACCAACGUGAGAGGACAUUGAAUGGCUUUCGACAAGGAAAAUUCGCUGUGCUAGUAGCGACAGACGUUGCUGCACGUGGUCUUGAUAUACCGAAUGUUGACCUGGUUAUUCAUUAUGAACUGCCGAAUGAUUCUGAGACUUUUGUGCAUCGUUCUGGUCGUACUGGGAGAGCAGGGAAGUUAGGCACAGCCAUUUUAAUGUACACUAGCAACCAGAGAAGAACAGUUCGAUCUAUUGAAAGGGAUGUAGGGUGUAAGUUUGAGUAUAUAACCCCACCUUCAGUUGAUGAGAUCUUGGCAUCGUCUGUUGAUCAGGUUGUAGCCACUCUGGGUGGGGUUCAUUCCGAGUGCAUUGAAUUCUUUACUCCCACUGCCCAGAAAUUGCUUGACGAGCAAGGAACUGUAGCUCUGGCAGCUGCAUUAGCUCAUAUGAGCGGAUUUGCCCAACCUCCGUCAUCAAAAUCUCUUCUUAGUCAUGAGCAGGGGUGGAUAACAUUGCAAUUGACGCGUGAUCCCAGUGUUGCAAGAGGAUUCAUGUCUGCUAGAUCUGUUAUGGGAUUUCUAUCUGAUGUUUAUCCAGCUGCUGCGGAUGAAAUCGGAAAAAUACAGUUAAUUGCUGAUGAGAGUGCUCAAGGCGCUGUUUUUGAUCUGCCUGAGGAAAUUGCAAAGCAGCUAUUGAGUCAAGAAUUACCUCCUGGAAAUUCACUAUCCAAGAUUACCAAGUUGCCUGCACUGCAAGAUGAUGGGCCUCCAAGUGACAACUACGGAAGAUUUGGCAGAGAUCGAGGUGGCCGUGGAGGUAUGGGUGGAAGAGGAUCACGAAGUCCCCGUGGUUGGGGUAAGAGUCAAGACUUCGAUUUUGGUGACAAUGACAACAGUUCAUUUAGGCGUGGUGGUCGAAGCUCUUCCAGAUCUAGCAACAACAGGUGGUCUUCAAAUUCAAGAAGCGGUGGAGAUGAUUCUAGCAGCAGGUGGUCCUCAAACUCAAGAAGCAGUGGGGAUGAUUGGCUGAUUGGUGGUGGCGCUAGACGAUCAAACAGGUCAUCACCAUCAUCAUUUGGAAGCAGGGACAGGUUUGGUGGUGCGUGCUUCAAUUGUGGGAAAAGUGGACACAAGGCAUCAGAUUGCCCCACCAAGCAAUCAUACUAGAAACUUUGUUUCCUAACCUUUCAAGUUUCCAAGGUUUUGACGGUCUGGGGAUAGAUGCCUCUCACGCCUCUUACUUUUGUUCAUCUACCAGAUUCCGGCCAAGUAUAGUCUCUUCAAAGUUAUGAUCCGUUCAAGAGAUGCUGUUUCAAGUGGUUUCUUGGUUUUGAAAUCCGGCCUGGAUCAUUCGGAGCUCCACUGAUGUAUCAUCAGUUCUUCACUGCAACAACAUAGUUCACACAGGAGUUUUUACAUUUUCUAAUUAGUAAAAAUUAUUAGUAAUUAUAUCAAGGUCCUCAUAUUCGUAUUUACUGUUUUCUAGCGUCUCCACGCCAUAGCUUUUGUUGUAAAGUCAUUGGAGUAUAUCCGUGCAGGAAAUUCAUGGUGUAUAUAGUGUAGUCAGAUACAGUGGAAAGCUCGCCGUGGCCAUUUAUGGCUGUUUGUGACUUUUUUGUUGGGAAGUUUAGCAAAUUAUGGGUUGUAUCUUGUAUGAAAAUGACAUUAGUUUCUUGUUUUCUUAUUUUGAUAGCUGUUUUUGAAUCUUAUUUUCGUCAAUAGUUUGUAGUAGCUAUAAAACUUAUUUCUGCAAAUUGCAAACUGAGCUAGGCUGAGACUAAUUAUUAUUGA